UUCUACUGUGUACCCGGAUUCAUUGAGUUGUGGAAUGCGCAUUUCCAUCAUACAAGAUUUGCCUGUGAUCCAAAAAUAUAGCAACUCUCCUCGGACUCGAUAUUGCAUUCUAAAGGAAAACACGUGUUAACACUUCAAAUCGAUGUUUAGACGAGACAUGAGUAGCCGUAACGUCUGAUGGGUACCAGCCAUAUCAGACAUAUUUGUUUAGGUUCUAUUUUCCAUUAGAAUUCUUGUGUUAUUAUUUUCUGGGUUAUGAGCGUGCGCGCGUGCGUGGAUUGGUGUAUUCUUCUCGCGGAUCCAGGGAAAGCAGUAACGGUGGCGCGGUAAGUCACGUGAUCGCAUCUGCUGCUGGCUGAGUGAAGCGUGUUAGCAGAUUUUUCUAUUUUGUACAUACAUUGUUUUGUAUAUACUGUAUAUGAUGACUUCAUUAGGCAGCGACCGAGCCCGGGGCUCUCGGGACAAGGUGCUGCCUGCAACCACACAGAACUCUCAGCCACAGAAACAGCCACAGGCAACAGCCGAACAGAUCCGACUUGCCCAGAUGAUCUACGAUAAGAAUGAUGCAGACUUUGAAGACAAAGUCAAACAGCUGAUGGAAGUGACCGGGAAGAACCAGGAUGAGUGCAUGGUGGCACUGCACGACUGCAAUGAGGAUGUGAACCGAGCCAUCAACUUCCUGCUGGAAGGGACCUCGGACACGACCUCAUCUUGGGAGACGGUAGGGAAGAAGAAAGUGGGGAAAGACAGCAGCUCCUCAGAGAGCAAGGAGAACCGUGAGAACCGCGAGAACCGGGACAAGCGCGGAGAGCGAGAGGGCAGCCGCGGACGCGGCGGGGCCAACAAGAAGGGCCGGGGAGGCAGCCGCAGCCGGCCCGUGCGAGCAGAGGAGAAUGGGGUGGACGCUGCUCACGUGGAAAGAGGUGCUGACCGUGGGCGCAGGGGAAGAGGACGGGUGUCAGGAAGCAGGGGAAGAGGCAGAGCCCCAGGGACCAGCCGGUUUACAGCACAGGGAAUGGGGACCUUCAACCCUGCGGACUACACCACAGAGCAAGGAUCGGGUGGCGCACACACGGAGAACUGGGAGACAGGGGCCAAUGACACCGCAGAUGGGCCAGUGGCUUGGAGGGGCCCUCUGGAGGACUGGUCCGCUGAGGACUGGAGUGAGGAUCUCUCCGAGACCAAAGUGUUCACCGCCUCUUGUCCACCUGCUACGGAGAACCACGUCACACCUGGCCAGAGUCUGGACUUGGCCUCUCUGCUGCAGAAGCCGGCGGCCAGGGAGGAAGUGGGUGGGGCCCUGAAGGCGCCUUCCCACAGCCUGGUGUUCACCAACUCCCACCACCACACUACCCGCAACGGGGGCACUACACCGGGCACUGCCAGUUACGCACACGCCACCCUGUCGUCUGUGCUGGGCUCUGGUUUCGGCGAGCUGGGCGGCCCCAAGCUGGGUCAGUCUGCCGGAGCUCAGAUCCUGGAGCAGCUGAAGGGACCAGGCCUGGGGCCGCUGCCCACCCAGCCCCCCAGCAGCACGGGGCCCAGCCACGCCCCUGUGGUGGGCGGCCUGGGGGGAUCGGCGGCGCCGGCCGCGCCUCCCUCCUCGUCCACCCCUGCUCCAUCGUCAUGGGACAUGAAGCCACCUGUGACGCAGAGCUCCAUGCCCAUGCCCUCACAGUUCAGCCGUGAGUUUAAGCUGCAGCCGGAGCCAUCUCUGGUGCUGAGCCAGCUGGCGCAGAGGCAGACGCCCGGCGCCCUGAGCCACGCCAGCCCCCUCCCCCUGUCCCGGCAGCAGCAGCAGCCCCCCAGUCCCCCGCCGGCCACCUCUGCCCCCAGCGGCGCCCUGGAGCCCUUCCCCAAGCCGCAGGAGCCCUCGCUGCAGCGCGACGGCCCCUCCUUAGCCGUCGUGCAGCAGCAGCAGUCUGACGCACAGGCCGUGGCCAACGCACAACAGCAGAGGCAGAUGAAGACGCAGAAACGCAGGAUACCUCCCUCUUCCAAGAUCCCCUCGUCUGCAGUGGAGAUGCCGGGCUCAGCAGACGUGCCGGGGCUGAACGUGCAGUUCGGAGCACUGGACUUUGGCUCGGAGUCGGCCCUGCCGGACUUCAGCGCGCCUGAGUCCUGCGCCAACAGCAGCAGCACCAACAGCAGCAGCGAGGCACCCAGAGACCCUCCUGCUGUCAGUCAAACACAAAGCAGCCUCUACUCCAAACCUAUCAGUGAGUCUCUGACCAACCCGGUUCCCCUGCUGCUGCCCCUGUCCUCCACGGACAGUAUCUACCCCUCGGCCUCCGUGCCCCUGCCCAGCCUGGCGCCCUCGCUCAGCACCCCCAGCACGGUGCCCAUGCCCUCCACCACCCCCUCCUCUUCCUCCGUCUCCUCGGCGGCCAGCAGCUUCGACUGUGCCGUAGCCCCGCACUCGCGGCUCGCUUUCUCCCAGAGCAAAGAUGCCCCUGGCCCUGUCACGAACGGUUAUAACGGUGUGAGGACAUCUGCUGCUCUUGACUCCACAUCCGCGUCCUCCACCCCUAAACCGGAGUCACCGUCUCUGGGCAAUGCGGGCAGCGGGCCCCCCUCUGCCCCCUCGGCCAUCCUGCCCCCUUCCGUGCCCCCUCACAGCACACCACUCUCCAGCCUGGCAGCCGAGCUCCCAUCAGCCAGCCUGCCCCCUCUCAGCAGUCAUGUAAGCAGUGGCCACUCCUCGGUCUCAGCACUUGCUACCAGCUCUUCUCUCGCACACUCCAGUGUGGACAGCGUGAACUCGCUGGCUCCCCCCUCCUCUGUGGCGUACUCAGGGGUGCAGACAGCAGGCCUGCCCAUCAGCGUCGGCGGCUCCGUGGGCAUCGCCAGCAGCAGCGCCGGCCUGCACAGCUCCGGAGUGCUGGGCCUCACCGCCAACGGGACCACAACGAACGCCAACACGGCGUCGGCCAUCAGGACCACACAGCUGCUGUCCUCCUCCAGUAAAGCUCCUCCUAACCUGUCUCAGGGGGUUCCUCCUCUUCUGCCCAACCAGUACAUCAUGGGUCCUGGAGGCCUCCUGCCAGCAUACCCGCAAAUCUAUGGAUACGAAGACUUGCACAUGCUGCAGUCUAGAUUACCCAUGGACUACUACGGAAUCACAUUCCCAGGCCCUGCGGCGGCUCUCUCCAGCAGAGACGGGGGCCUUGCCAACAACCCUUACUCAGGUGAAGUCACAAAGUUUGGGCGGGGCGACUCCACCUCCCCGGCGCCCCCUACCUCCCUGUCGGCUGCUCACCAGGCGCCCCCUCCCCAGGCCCCCCCGCAGGGCCAGAACGCCAGCGGCAGCGCUCCCCAGUCGCAGGGCCACCACGGCGCACAGCAGGCCUUCCUCAACCCUGCGCUGCCCCCAGGCUACAGCUACACGGGCCUGCCCUACUACCCCGGGAUGCCCGGCGUGCCCAACGCCUUCCAGUACGGCCCCACUAUGUUCGUGCCGCCGGCCUCAGCUAAGCAGCACGGUAUGGGCCUGAGCAACGCCCCUCAAGCCACGCCAUUCCAGCAGCCCAGCAGCUACGGCCAGCACACCUUUAGCUCAGGGUACGACGACCUGACGCAGGGUCCGGCAGGAGCAGACUACAGCAAAGGCUACAGCAGCUCUUCCCAGUCACAGGCCAAAUCUGCUGCCUCCGGCCCGGGAAAAGGUGUCUCUGUGACGUCUAGUAACUCCGGUGUGCCAGAUAUCAGUGGAACAGUUUACAAUAAGACCCAGUCGUUUGAUAAGCAGGGUUUCCAUGCUGGUACCCCUCCCCCCUUCUCCCUGCCGUCUGCCCUGGGGCCGCUCACUGGGGCUCCUGGGCCUACGCCCGCCCCCCUGCACAUCCUGCCCCCCCAUCAGCAGCCCCACUCCCAGCUCCUGCACCACCACCUGAGCCAGGACACACAGGGUGGUCCAAGCCAGAGGAGCCAGUCCAGCAGCAUGCAGCAGAAGACACAGGUCAACAAGUCCAGUUACGGCAGCUCCCCUUACUGGGGCAACUAAGCGUGUGUGUGUGACCAUGCGUGUGUGAGUGAACAAGUGUGUGUGUGUGCGUGUGUGCAUUUGGGCACACACAUGUGCUACCAGUCGCACAAGCCCACACCACGCCAUGGCAACCAACCAACCCACCAACCUCCGUUAACUGAUGGAUGAGGUGGAUAGACCAUUUACAUCAUGACACACCGCAUGCAUGCAUGUGCGCACAUGCACAUACACACACCCCACCCCACACUCAAAACAGAUACAUAUAUACACACUACCUUCUCCCUGUUGAUCUCUCAUCUCCCCCCUUUUCAAAGUUUUGGCUGUUGUAUGUAAAAUAUAUUUAUGUACGUAUUUAUACAGUAUGCUAUGUAUUGGUAGGAUAUGAAAUGUGGUCAUCUGCAUUUUGUUUUUGAAGGAUCUCUUUUAAUUUCCAAAAUGGCUGAGAUAUACGCAAAAGUUGGUGCAGAGAAUUUAAAGACAAAGAAUACAAACAACUGGCUGAAACUUAAAAAACCGAAGGUGAAUAUACUUGAAUCAGUGCUAGCAUCAUGAGAGACGGCAGUUAUUUUUAUUUUAUUUUUUGUAUACAUACACAGAAAUUCCAAAUGACGGUGUACAUUAUCGCAGAGCAUCAUCUUAUUGGUGAAGCCUUUUUUAAAGAACUCUUUUGUAUUUUUUUUUUUUUGUCCCAGCACCCUCCUUGUUUGACCUCCAAACUGUUUUCUAUGGGAAGAGGGUGGAGUCUUGGCUCUCAAGGCCAAGCUCAGCCCCAGAAUUUGUCCUCUCGCCCUGAUCCUCCUCCCUUGUCCAAAUUGGCUGAACAUGUAGUUGCAGUUUUAAGAAUUCGUAUCAUUUUAUCAAACUUUUUGGUUUUACCCUCGUCCAAAUAAAACAAAAACUGACCAGUA